UAUAGCCCAGGCUAGCCUAGAGAUGACCUAAGGGUCUCCACCUUCCAAGGGAUUGCAGGCAUGCACCACCUGAACCCAGGUUUUCUAAUAGGGAGUCUGCUCCAACCGGCAGCCUUGUUCACCUGCCUUCCUAGGCUUUUUAAAUUCUUGGGACCCAAACAGAAGUCAUUAAGUUAUUUUAUUAGGGUGAAGAGAAAAGAGUUCUGGCUUGGGGGAAGACAACACUGUCAAGCUCUUAGACACCCUUUUCCGGAAAAAGUGAGCCCUGCUGGGCGUGUGCCUGAGGGACCAGGGGUGUGGACAGAGGUCCAGCCACUGCCGGCGUUGGUGCACUCAUUCAUGUAAUCUCAACACUUGAGAAGUGAAGGCAAGAGGGAUCAAGAAGUCAAGUUCAUACCUGGCUGUGCAGCCUAAUUACAGAAUAGCAACAGGAGUCAGGGUCCCAAAAAGGCUGGGGGUGGGGUGUCCACGUGGACGAGUCCUUGGCCCUUUAAUGGUCGGUGUCGUCCAAAGACCACCAAUCCGCUACCGGUUCAUUAGUUAGUGGCAGCCUUCUCCGCCAAUCGCCUGUCCGACAUAGGCCCCCGCCGUCCAAUCGCGGCGCGUUACUGGGUGGCCGAGCGGUUGCGCGGAGGCAGAGAGCUCCGGGGCGUCCCAUUGGCUGGAUCAAACCCAAGCGAGCCUGUGAUUGGCUCUGGCUGCGGGAGGGUUGCGAUUCAAACGCGGGCGGCGGCCCGCAGCCCCGCAGUUUGCCCUUUGGUCUUCACUCUCCUGUUCAGGUCCCAGCGUCUCGGGAUGGCCUCGCAAAACCGCGACCCAGCUGCCGCCAGCGUCGGCGCCGUUCGCAAGGGAGCCGAGCCCAGCGGGGGCGCCGCCCGGGGCCCUGUGGGCAAGAGGCUACAGCAGGAGCUGAUGACCCUCAUGAUGUCUGGUGACAAAGGGAUUUCCGCCUUCCCUGAAUCAGACAACCUGUUCAAAUGGGUAGGGACCAUCCAUGGAGCAGCCGGCACAGUGUAUGAAGACCUGAGGUAUAAGCUGUCACUCGAGUUCCCCAGUGGCUACCCGUACAAUGCGCCCACUGUCAAGUUCCUCACGCCCUGCUACCACCCCAACGUAGACACCCAGGGCAACAUCUGCCUGGACAUCCUCAAGGACAAGUGGUCCGCACUCUAUGACGUCAGAACCAUCUUGCUCUCUAUCCAGAGCCUGCUAGGAGAACCCAACAUUGAUAGCCCUUUGAACACACAUGCUGCUGAGCUCUGGAAAAACCCCACAGCAUUUAAGAAGUACCUGCAAGAAACCUACUCAAAGCAGGUCUCCAGUCAAGAGCCCUGACACAAGAUGUCCAACUUCUCUCCUGUGUCAUCUUUUUCCUUAGAUGGUCUGUCUUUUCCUUGAUUUCUAAGCUGUGCUGUUAUUUUUGUUUUAUCUGUUUUUUGUUUUGUUUUGUUUUAAAUUAAGUCUGCUUGAGCCCUUACAAUGUAUAUUAAAUAAACACACUUUGGUUGUUUUU